CAGCAAGCACAUUGUGGUUCAUUUUGGUGGUUCAUUGUCAAGAGCUCUCGAGUUUGCUGAUCGAUCAGUCAUCAUAUUUUGGUAGGAAAGGAUCAAAAUGGAAGAGCAGGAUCAAGAGAGCAGUGUGAGAGAUGGAAGAAGAUCAAGCAAUAAGGGAGAGGCAUGCGAAGAGUUGAGACAAUACAUGUAUUGCAUAUUCUCAAAUGUUUGCUUUGCAGGAUACAACAUAGUCUCAAAAGCCGCUCUGGACAAAGGCAUGAAUCGUUAUGUGCUUGUUGCCUAUGGACAAAUUUUUGGAAUUCUAGCUACUGUUUUUUUCGCAUUAAUCUUCGAAAGGAACAUUAACAGCAAACUAAGCGUAGCAAUCUUAAGAAAUGUCUUCUUAUUGGGUCUCGUGGGAUCUGUGCUUGGGAGGACGUUGUUUUUCGCAGGACUGGAAUACACUUCACCAACUUUUGCAGCUGCAUUGGCCAACUUAAUUCCAUCAAUCACCUUUAUCCUGGCCGUUCUGUGCAGGAUGGAGAAAGUAGACCUUUCCAAGCGUGGUUCUCAAGCCAAGAUAUUGGGGACCAUCAUAGCCUUUGGAGGAGCAACACUGAUGACCUUAUACAAGGGUCCUGCUGUGAUUUCUUUUCAUUCUCAACGCUCGCAUCAACCUACCACUGGAUCGAGAUUACUUUUAGACAAGGAUUUAAUUAAGGGCUCCUUGAUACUUGUGAUUUCAUACAUUUCAUUGUCAGCAUUCUACAUCUUACAGACAAUUACAAUCAAAAUGUAUCCGGCACCAAUAACUCUCACAUUAUUAACUUGCAUAUCGAGUGCUGUUCUCUCCACAAUCGUGGCGGCAAUUCUGGAUCAUAAAGCUUCUUCAUGGAAGUUGUCAUGGAACAUCAACCUUCUUGCUCCCAUCUACAGUGGGAUUGUGAUAUUUGGAAUUACUAUUUAUAUUCAAACGUUGGUAGUAAAAAAAAAGGGUCCAGUUUUCAUGACAGCGUUUAGACCAUUGUUCACAAUUGUUGUAGCCAUUAUGGGACUGCUCAUUUUAGGAGAUGCUUUAUAUAUGGGAAGUAUUAUUGGAGCUACAUUGAUAGUUCUUGGUCUGUACGCCACUCUAUGGGGAAAAGAAAAGGAGAAAGCUGAUCAGAAGCGUUUCGAGCAAACCAUAACUCAAGAAGUUAUUGAAAUUAAGGAAGUAAAACAAUAGAGUUAUGUAUUUAAAUGCAUUGUGGUAUCCUAUUAGAAACUUAAGUUUUAUUUGUUUAAUAAGAUCGUGUAACUUUUCACUCUUAAAUUUCUUACCUACAUGCGGAUGGAUCGA